UUGCGUUUUGAUUAGAAGCUGAACCUAAUUUGAAUCGGAUCCUCAGCUGUGACAGCAGACAGAAACACUCCGCAUUUCUUCGAUAAAAUACUAUUUGUUACAGUUCAUUUAAAAAACAGUGUAACAACCUCACUCUCUCCAAGAGACGUGUUUAGGAACAAAGGAGGAAGACAGGUGAUCAGGAUGCAGAGGUCAGGACGAGACUCCGGGAAACUGCUGGAGACUCUGAUCGCGAUGCACGGCUGAGCCUGAGGGAGGCAGUAAUGCGGCACCGAGGAUGCUGAGUGUGCGCAAACAGAGGAGAAGAAGAGGAACAGCUGAUCGCGCUGAGCGGAAGCAGAAGCUGACGGUGACUGGGCUUUAGAGUUACUGUAGCUGAGCUGUCAUCGGUCACUAAAGCGGAGCCUCAGGAGCCAACUUGCAGAGAUGCUUUGGUUUGAGGGUUCGAUUCCUGAUGCCAUCAACUCGGCCAAACACCGCAGUCUGGUCUUUGUCGUCGUCAUCACAGGGGAAGAUGAACAGUCAGCACAGCUGAUGUCCAGCUGGGAGGACGACAGGGUCUCAGAGGCAGCGCAGAAAUGCUGCGUGGCCAUCAAAGUGGAGGCCAAGAGUGACACGUGUGCACAGUUCUCCCAGAUUUAUCCAGUGGUGUGCAUACCCUCUAGCUUCUUCAUUGGAGAGAACGGGAUUCCUCUGGAGGUCAUCGCUGGAAGUGUGUCCGCUGAAGAACUGAUAAAGAGAAUCCACAGAGUUAAUCGGAUGCAUACUGAAGAGAUGGGGAGUGGGACGGUGCUGCUAGAGGCAGCCGAGCCUGUGGAGACCAGCACAGGAGCAGCUGCAGCUUCAGCAGUGCCUGUUGGAUCGUCUGCAGCAGCCACAGAGCCUGCAGCAGCAGCACCAGAAAAAGCACGAGCGUCUCUGUCAGACCCAGAGAACGCAUCUUCAGACCCUGCAGCUCAGUGUGAAGAAAACCUGGACGCUAAGGUGGAAAGGUUGACCAAGAAACUGGAGGAGAGACGAGAGCAAAGAAAGAGAGGAGAAGAAGAGAAUGAGAUCAGAAAGGAGAUGGAGCGGCGGAAGGUGGGGAAGGACAUGCUGGACUUCAAGAGGAAACAGGAAGAGGAGAAAACCAAGCGACUCCUGGAGGAGAGAAACAGGGAGAAGGCAGAGGAGAAGGCCGCCAGGGAACGGGUCAAACAGCAGAUCGCUAUGGACCGAGCUGACAGAGCAGCCCGCUACGCCAAGACCCAGGAGGACGAAAAGGCUGCGAAGCUGGUGCUGCUGCAGGCCCGGCAGGCAGAGCAGGAGGCCAGGAAGGAGGCAUUAGUCAGAGAGAGGAGCACCAUAGCAAGGAUACAGUUCCGCCUCCCGGACGGCUCCUCCUUCACCAACCAGUUCUCCUCACAGAGCAGACUGCAGGAGGCUCGGGACUUUGCUGCUCAGGAAGUCGGCAACCGCUAUGGCAACUUUUCCCUUGCAACCAUGUUCCCUCGGCGGGAGUUCAGCAGUGAAGACAUGAACAAGACUCUGCUAGAACUGGAACUGGCUCCGAGUGCUUCCAUCGUGCUUUUGCCAUCCAGCAGGCCUGCAAACACAGUGGUCCAGUCCUCUGGGGGUGGCAUUUGGGCAGUUCUGGGCACACUCCUCUACCCUCUGCUGGCUGUAUGGAGAUUUCUCAGCUCCUUUGUGUUUGCACCGUCACCUCCAUCUGCUGCUGCAUCUGCCCGGCCCAGAGGUCCCGCUCAGCAGUCCAGCUCUUACAACAACUCAUCAGCCUCCAGCAAAGCAAAGAGGGAAAAUCUGUCCAAGCACACGUUGGAAAACCGUCCCAAGGACUUCAAGAAAGACGGUAAAAUCUGCAGGCUCCGGACUCAGGAGGACAGCGAGGAUGACAACAACACUUGGAAUGGGAACUCCACCCAGCAGAUGUAGUGUGUUCAGUAGCAGCAGCUUCUCCUUCCUCUCGCUGUCCUGCUGUGAAUUAGUUCAGUCUGACCAGUUCAAGGUUUCUGCUGCACGUAGAUACAUUUUUCUUUUUCUCUUACUGUGUUCAGGCCCCUGCAGCUUGGGUAGCUCAGUAAUAAUCCACAGAAACUCCUUUGGGCUUAAUCUGUGUUUUUGUGUUAAUUUUGACAUGAUUCUGUCUCCUAAACGAGGCGCAGGUUGAAACCCUGUGACUGUGAAAGGCUACACCAGCACUCCCUCUUUCGGUCACAGCUAGGUGAUCACUGAGUCUGUGAGAUGGGUUUAAACCGGUACUAACUUUGGGAGAAAUGACAGGAAAGAGUCGACCUGAAGCUCUUGUAAUCUGAGCCCAGCUUUAUGUUAUCUUUUUGAGGCACUGCAUUUUUGAAGUCUUUGAAACGCGGGUUCUAAUUAUCCAUAACUCAUCGAGGAUCAUUAACAGUGGAAUGAAGGUGUUUAUAGGAAUGGCAGAGGACUGCAUGUGUGCCGCUGAGCUCGGCUCGGCAGCGUGUGGUGGGACUCGUUGGCGGUGGGUGGCUGUUGUAGUUCUUUUCAUUCAACAAUAAAAAUCGAAGCAGCUUGUUUCUAAAAAAAUAAAAACUAAACUUAAA